CACAAGUCCUAACGACUGCUUGCUUUGGCAUUCAGAUGGCCGCUUUCACCAGCUCUCGAUCUGCAUCGUCCCUCAGAUCGUUGAUCCGCCCCGCCCUCAGAUCCCUCACUUCUCAAUCUCAGUUCGCGGGCCACAGCUUUUCCCCAGAUUUUACCUAUUACCCUGGAUUUUUUAGUCUUCCCGAACAGCGCAUCUUGCUUGCUGCUGCAUUACAGAAGCUUGAUUCUGCAGAGCCCAGGUCGUUUCGCCGUCGGAGGAAGGACUUGCCACCAAAGAAACCUCUGAGUGAGAUAUCGGACAUACGGGAAAUGUUCCUUGCUGAUGAAUACUACAACUUCGAGGAGGGACAUUACGACGGUGUUAUCAAGCGGUUUCGCGAAAUGCACGUCUCGUCGUGGCCUUCUGACAUAGAAGGGCUGCCAUCGGUGAUUGCCCGUUUACAAGCUCUUCUCCCUAGUGGGAACACGCAAACGCAUUUUCUUCAUCUCGCUUCGGAUGGUGAAAUCUUGCCUCACAUCGACAACGUCGGGGCUAGUGGAUCGUGGAUCUUGGGUAUAAGUCUGGGAGCAACACGUCUGUUACGACUGGAAAGUACCGAAGACAAGACCGAAUUCAUGAUCCCCUUACCCUCCGGCAGCGUGUAUUUGCAAAAGGAUUCUAUUCGAUAUAAUUACAAACACUCAAUCCUUCAACGCGGUUCCGUCGACGGAUCUCAUUCUGACGGUGGACAACGUCUGAGUCUCAUGAUCCGAGAUCGUCUGCCACCUACACAACUGGCAAAGCUCAAGACAGCCAAGGGUCCAAUAACUGGUCAAUCGUUUCUAGAGGAAGAGGGAAGGGAAGCACGAUGAGUCCCUGUAACGUCUAUAAAUCGCGUUAUCUCGCUCAUGGCUGACGAGAGAAUUGAAUUAAUGCCGGUAGUAUACUGACGUUUCGGAUAUCGUGAGCCAAUAAUGUGUUCCACCACCCUGACAAUGUCGCACGUUGGCGUGGUAUAUUGUUGAAGCACUUCUACCGUUGCGCGGAGGAAAGGUCUAUCU